AUGUCUGCAGGCCCUCGAGGAAUCCAGCUGCUCAUAUGGAUCUGUGUGUUCACCGUGCUGUGCACGGUUUGCAUCGGACUGCGCUUCUGGGCGGCGGUUCUCUCCAGGCGCAGGGCGCUUCCAGAUGAUUACAUGGUGUUGUUUGCCCUGGCAAACACCAUCUCCUUGGAGGGAGUCGUCAUCUGGGCCAUUUUCAAUGGUUUGGGCAAGCACACAAACGAACUCACCCCGUAUGAAUUCGGUGUCCAAUUCAAGCUUAUCCUCUCGAGUGCAGUCACAUGGCUCUUGGGCACUGUCUUCAUUAAGCUGUCGGUCCUUUGGCUAUAUACGAGAGUCUUUAGCACAAAGAAAUUCAAGCUAUGGUCGCAUAUCAUGAUGGGGGUUGUCGGCUGCUACGGUGUUGCCUUUUUCGUCCUCUUCAUGACACAGUGCCGUCCUAUCUCUCAGCAAUGGGAUCCGGUACCGGGAGGCUCAUGCCGCAACAUUGUCAUCCAAGAACUAACCUCUGUGUCACUAAACAUGGUCGUCGAUAUUGCGAUUGUCAUAAUGCCGCUACCUGUGCUCUGGAAUCUGCAGCUAGCCGUACGCUCUAAAUUGGUCGUCUCCGUCAUGUUUAGUAUUGGUUUCAUUACUAUUGCCAUCAUGGCAUGGAGACUACAGUUUACAAUUUCAACACUCAACGAUACCGACUUCGUCUUCAACCUCUUCGACAUCGGAUUAAUCAGUCUGUUGGAACUGUGGCUCGGAAUCAUCGCCGCCUGCAUUCCUACACUGGGACCCCUUCUCAAGACCUACGUCAAGCCUGUCAUCACAAGACUGACUGAGCUAUCUGAUGGAAACAAUAUCCGCCUUCAGAGUGCCACAGCUGGAUCCAAGGCUGACAGCAGAAGCACUCUAUACGGCAAGAAGCAGUAUAGCCAGAUUGAGGAAGAGUCUUCGAAGAGCUUCCAUACGAAUGGGGCAGAAAUUCCAACGGUGACAACAAAAAUCAAGUAUGAUCCGGGAAACAAAGUUGUGACAGACACGCGGGGCGUGAUCUAUGUUCAGCAUGACAUUGAAGCACAGUGA